AUGCCGAGCUCAGGGUCAAUAUUCUCCCUCUUGAACCAUCACGUUUCGAUUGACCCCCGAAAAUCAACCAUCACGAAGAAGCAACACCAGCAACAACCAUCGAUAACUCCCAUCCGCCCCUCGCAGAAAGCAGCACCUCCCAUCAUGGUCUCGACACGCUCCACCACCAUGUCCUCCCCGCCCUCCUCUCCCACCAAGACGACGGCAACAAAACGCUCCGCCGCCAACGUCGCGUCCGCCUGGUCGCACCGUCCCUCGAACUUGACCCUCGCCUGGCUCGCCAUCUCCCUACCCCUCGUCGCCUGGGACACGGGCUACGUCAUGCUGCGCCCGCACUCGAUGCCCGGCGGCGCCUGGCACGCGCCCCUCUGGACCCCCUACGAGCUCUACGGCCGCAUCGACGGCGUCUACGGCAUCAAGGCCUACGAGGCCGGCGACGGCUUCACCGCCGCCCAAGCCUUCCUCAACAUUGUCGAGACGCUCAUGUACCUCGCCUACCUGUGGCUGUGCCUGCGUCGCGGCGCCCCCUCGCCCGCCGAGGGUCCCGCCGGCCGCCGCGUCGUCACCGGCCGCGAGGGCGGCUCCGCCGUGCUCAUCGGCUUCAGUGCGGCUGUCAUGACCCUCAGCAAGACGGUCCUCUACUGGAUGAAGGAGUAUUACUCUGGCUUUGCCUAUAUCGGGCACAACACGGCGCCGGACCUUAUUUUCCUGUGGAUCAUCCCCAAGUGA